ACGGCGCUGAGGAGGUGGUGGGCAGCUCGCCUCCUGCGCAUGCGCUUGAGGGGAAAACGUUCUGUUGCUCGAGCGAAUUCUGUUUAAAAAGUGGCUCUCUUGGCGGGGCCACCUGUAGGCUCUUCUCCGCCGCUGGCGCCGGUUCAAGGCCGCUCCGAGGGGCGGCGGCAAAGCGUUGCUGGGGUCUCUCUCUUGUGGAAAGGACGUUGGAGUGGCGGCGUUCGCUGGGGAAGGAAGCAGUUAUGAGUGCUGACCAAGUUUCAUGCUUGUUAAGCCAAGGAACAACAAAAACAUAUCAAAUUCCUAUUGAGCAUCUGGACUACAAAUUCAUUGAAACAUGCAAAGAUGUUAAACAUUUGGAAAAGAUUCUUAAGAUAUUAAGGUCUGGUGAAGAGGGCUUCUAUCCUGAUCUUGUACUAUUUUGUGAAAAACGCAUUGAGUCUUUGGCUCCAAAUAGCAGAGCUCUCCGAAGAGAUAAACCUGCAGCCACUGCUUCUGAUUUUACUACUGAGGAAUGGGAAGAAAUAGAGAAUGAAAUGAAGAGCUGGAUUACUGAAAUGAAAGAAGAUGAGUAUAAAAUGCGGUAUGCUACAACAGAAGUAUUCAAGGAGAAAGUGGAAAAUUUGCCACCAGUUCGUAGUUCAGAUAGCACUCUUCCUUCUAGACAGAGCAAAACUUCAAGAAAUGGUGUAAUAAAGAAUAAAAAUGUACCAAGGGACUAUAGAGAGUGGGAUAAGUUUGAUGUGGAAAAAGAAUGUUCCAAAAUUGAUGGUUAUGAGGAAAAUAAGAGUAAACCCAGAUUUAGAACUACUAACAAAGGGUUACCAAAAGCUGAUAUAGACACAACAGGUUUGACUACAAAGGAAAAAAUCUUAAUUGCUAAUCGUGAAAAAGAAAAAGGAAAUGAAGCAUUUGUUACAGGAGACUACAAAGAAGCAGUUAUCUACUAUACUCGGAGCAUAUCUGCAUUUCCCACUGUGGCUGCAUACAAUAAUAAAGCUCAGGCAGAAAUAAAACUUCAGAAUUGGCAUGUUGCUCAUCAGGAUUGUGAGACAGUGUUAAAAAUGGACCCUGAAAACGUAAAAGCUUUUAUGCGCCGUGCCACUGUUUGCACUAAGCUAAAUAAUUUCAAAGCAGCUGUGGAAGAUUUGAAGAAAGUGUUACAUAUUGAGCCAGAAAAUGCUAUUGCUAAGAAAAACUUGUUGGAUAUUGAGAAGAAGCUGAAAGAGUUGGAACCUAUUUCUCAAACUAAUAGCAAGGGGAAACAAAUACUUAUUCAAGAUAUAGAAGACUCAGAUGGUGAUGAAGAACUAGGAGUAAAUGAAGCAGAAUGUGAAAAUGCCAGUGGAGAUAAAAAAACUGCUGUGCUAGUGGGAGGAGAGAUCACAACUGAGAAGACAGAAAUGGGGAAUGCACAAAAGAAGUCUCCUAGCAAAGGAGAUGGCUGUAAAUGGGAAAACAAGGAAGCACAGAAGCUCAGGGACCCUUUGGAGAAUAGUGUUAAAAAAGGCACACCUGAAAAAAAGACAUCCAAGGUUUUACGGGAUUCUGAAAAUGAAGUAAAUGGCUUUCUGGGCAGUGACAAAAAUAAUACUGAAAACAAGGAAGUAAUACAGAAAAAUGCAGAAUCUUCAGCAGCUGGGGAAAACAGUUCUACUUUGCUCCCUUCCACUGCAGCAACACUGAAAGCUGAAGGAAACAAAUUAUUUAAAAACGGACAAUUUGGAGAGGCUGUCCUCAGAUACUCAGAAGCAAUUGAAAAUGUAAUUAGUUCUGGAAUCCAAAGUCCAGAGGAUCUAAGUAUUUUGUAUUCAAACAGAGCAGCAUGUUACCUAAAAGAAGGAAACUGUGUUGACUGCAUUCAAGACUGUAACAGUGCACUAGAACUUCAUCCAUAUUCUCUGAAACCUCUUCUGCGUCGAGCAAUGGCCUAUGAGUCUAUGGAACGAUAUCGGCAGGCAUAUGUUGAUUAUAAAACAGUACUACAAAUAGACAGUGGAAUCCAGGUAGCAAAUGACAGUGUUAACAGGAUAACAAGAACUUUAAUAGAUGAAGAUGGCCCAAAUUGGAGGGAGAAGCUGUCCCCAAUUCCUGUUGUUCCGGUUUCUGCUCAGUUACAUUGGUGGGAUGGAGGAAGUGUAACUGCAGAGCCAAAGCAGAAGAAAAAUGCAGCCAGGCAUGGAGAUCAACAGUCACAUCUUCCUAAAGAAAAACCAGAAGAAAUGUUCAAGUCACUUAAGAAUAAAGGAAAUGAAUUUGUGAAAAAGGGUAACUAUGAAGAAGCAUUGAUAAAGUACAAUGAAUGCAUCAAAUUAAAUUCCCAGGAACAGACUAUCUACACUAACAGGGCCCUUUGUUACUUGAAGCUGUUUCAAUAUGAAGAAGCCAAAAAGGAUUGUGAUCAUGUUCUUCAGAUUGAUGACUCUAACAUAAAAGCUUUAUACAGAAGAGCUCUAGCAUACAAAGGAUUACAGAACUACAAAGCCAGUAUUGAUGAUUUGAAGAAAGUUCUUCUAAUAGAUUCAAAUAUUGAUGAAGCAAAGAAGGAGCUGCAGGAAACAACACAGUUGCUAAAACUGAAAAAUGAGCAUACAGUCAACGGGCAACAAAAGCAAAGGAAAAAAAUUGAAAUCCAAGAGGUGAAUGAGGAAAAGGAAGCUACAGAGACCUGUGCUUCAGAGAAGGCUACAUCAAAUCAUGACAGCGCUAAAGGAGAGCCUGAUGCAGUGCCAAGGAAUAGUUCAGAAAAACUCAUUAUUUCAAAGCCAUCUAAUGCCUAUGAAUUUGGUCAGAUUAUAAAUGUUGUGAAUGCCAAUAAGGACAUCGCUGCUUGUGCAGAGCUCUUAACAGUGAUUGAGCCAAAAGAUCUACCAGCCCUUUUAAGCAACAAACUAGAAGGAGACAUUUUUCUGCUCUUUAUCCAAGCCCUGCAGUCGUAUGUAUUUUGCCAAGACCCUGGACUGGUGUACCAGCAUCUUGUCCACCUGAGUAGAGCAGAAAGGUUUAAGAUGGUGCUAACACUACUUAGUAAGAAUGAAGUAGAACAGGUUCAACAACUGUUUGAUUCUCUUUCCAAAGAGCAAAACCAACAAUUUUCUUUAGAUGAUCUGAAGAGCCUUAAGAGAGACUUUGAACUUUAAAGAACUUCAUUUUGGAACUGCCUCUAGCAUGCAUUCCCUUAAUGCUUGUAGGACGGGCAUAUAAACUAUGCAGACUUGCAUGAGGUAAAGUCAAUCUUUUAUCUGGACUGUUCAAUACGCUGUACUUUUUUUUUUACAGUACUUGCACAUGGAAAAAUCUGCUCUUCCGUCUUGUAUAUAUUUUAUCCUACAGAGUACACACGCAUGGCUUUAUAAGUAAUGGGCCUGUUCACUCACCAUUUUGUUCCUGCAAUUAUACAAUGAGAUUGGGAGCACAGGACUCAGGCUUGCACAUUCUCUUCAGAGGGGAGAGAACACAUGAGCCAGUGAGGACAUGGUUCUCUGGGACAAAUCAACAGUUUCUAAAAUGUGGGUCCCAUAUAUAACAGUAUAUUUAUCAAAUAAUUAGAAUGCAUUCAACGACAUCAAGUUGUAUUAAUGGGGCUGAAUAUAGCCACCUAUGUUGUAUUCCCUUUCUUGUAAUACAGGAGAGUCUUCUGAAGAUGCUACUAUUUCAGAAAUGUCUUUUUUAAAUGCAGCAGAAUUGAUGAACAUCUUGUACAAAAGUCCCAUUGACUGAAUGGAAAUUAUGCAUCAUUAUCUUUCAGUGGGGCUUAUGCCGAAAAAUAAUCCUAGUGCAUUUGUGCCUAUAGCCUUCAUUUUCUUCCUGCUAGUCACAUCUAACUGCAGUGCAGCUGAAACCUACCUAACUUUCCAUCAGUCGCCAAUGCACUUGGACAAACACUUGCAUCUAGCUCCAAUUCUGUGUGGCUUCAAAGGAAAACACUGGCACACUUCUUAAAAUUCAAUGCUAACUUAAAUAUAUGCAGUAAAAUGCUUUAUGGUACUGAAUGUGUAAGUUACAUCUGCACUUUGGUAAGCAGGUUCCAAGAAGGGACAGUUUGGGCGUCUUCUACUUUGUGUCUUCUAGGUAUGCAAAAAAAUCAUUUUAUAUGGCUUGUGGACUACUGGUGAACAGCAAAACUGGAGCAGGAUAGACUAUGUUGUUAAAUGUUUUAAAGCAAUAGAACUGUUAUAUUUUUAAACCAGAUACUCGUAAUUUAUUGUUAGUGUGCAUAUGAAAAUUUUAUUAUGGGAGGGACUGCUCAGGUACUUGCACUAUUUUGAAGGUGAUCUUAGUAACUUUCCCCAUUAUUAAAUAACCUAUGUAUGACAUUUCUGUUACCUUAAGACUUUACCUGGUUGAAAAUUGUUUCCUUGAACCCUUACAAGAAAAUAUUUAAAAAAUAAAUAUAUUUGGCAUAUUUGUGUUUUUGCCUUUUCCUUGCCCUAGCAUAGCAAGGCAACAGUUUUAGGAUGCUUUCUACACUGGAAAGACACCUUCUAGAAGACUGCGGUAAUUUAGAUAUUGUUGGUAAAUAUGAAAUGGGGACUUUUAUGCUCCCAAUUUAACUCUUGUUAAUUGCCCAGUCCAAAUGUAGGAAUGUCCUCUAUAAUAAUUUGGUAUCCUCUGAUAACUGGCUACCUCAGUUCUGUUCUCUCUGUCACAUAUCAGUUUCUAGCUCAUUUUUAGAAGUCAAUUCAAGUAAUAACAAAGAAUAGAUGUUGCAUUCUUAAGUAGGAAGAGGCAUAAACUCUCUAAAGACAGCUCUCUUGCAUAACAGCUUCUAUAGGCAGAUUCACAUUAGAAACCUAUUUGUGAGGUGAUGCAAGGCUGUGUCCUAAAAGCCCAUAUAAACAAAAAAUUCAGGGUAAGCAGUUCAUCUGCUCCAAGUAAAAUCUACUUAAGGCAGCUUUCACUGCCAUUUAUUAUAAGCAGUAUUUUCUUGUUUUCCUUGUAUAUGCUUUCUGGGGUCUAGGCUUAGCUUAGCAACCUGAACCAUGGUUUCAGCAGAUGUUAGUUAAUAAAAUACUGUCCACCAUUAGUUCAAACCAAAAUUAAGUGCUUUGCUUAUACCAGACAACAGCAUAAGCAGAUUUAAUUUUGAAAGAUAUCUGAAAGAUAUCUGUACCUGAAUGAUUUGUAACUUAUAGUGUUGAACAUUAUCCUAGUACCAUGAAAUUAGUUAUUGUCCCUAUUAGGUUUCAUUUAUUCAUAUUAUAUAUUGUCUAUAUCGUUGUGUGUGGGGUAGGUUAGUAUUAAACAUUAAUCUUUUUAACUGAAACAAAAAGCUGCAUUGUCCAUAAUGUCUCAUCUCUUGGACAAAUCUAUCAGAAAGUCCUAUCCUACACAAGACACAUGCACACACAGCUUGCAUUUUACCUACUUAAUAGCCUUGAUAGGUCUGAUUACAAAAUUCUCAGGGUAUUGACAGCUAUUAGCCAUUGAUAGCCCUAUAAGUCAUUAUUUCGUUCAGUCAAAGGUUGACAAUACUGAGGACAGAGAAGACAGUUUACCAUGAUCAUAUUCAUAUUCAACUUUUUAAAAGUACUUCAAAAUCAUUUUCCAUCUUCAGUGUUUUGGUAGUUGUCACUUGACCACCUUGUCAACCCUAAGCUAGAGUUUUGUUCAGGGCUUUUCCAUGGACACCGAUUUGCAGAUAGGUGCAUGGUACGUAAAUGGUAUGGUUUUCUUCCUGGAAUGCUAAUAGGUUUACAUUAAAAUGCUACUAGUGUUCUUAAUUUAGAACUUAAGUAGUUUUAGCUUACUCAUCCUUUGAUCUCUGGUUCAUUUUCAUCUUAAACUGAAUUAACCUCAUUAUUGCAGUCUAAAAGUUAAGAUGUGCUUUUUAAUUAACACACUCACUUGAUUUGGUAUUUAUUUAAAAGCCUUUAUGUAUCACAAUAUUUCAAAAAAAUAUGUAAGUUGUGGCUCUUAAAAGUAUAGAGAUUAAUAUUUCAUGUGCAGUGCGGGAGGCACGUUCGCAACCCAUGUCUGCACACACAUGGGUUGUGAUUCAGUGCUUCUGCGCAUGCGCAAAGUGCAAUUUAGCGUUUCUGCGCAUGUGCACACUGAACCCAGAACAGGCUCUGGUACCGGUAGCUCCGGGCUCGGCGCGGAGCGCAACCUGAAAAGACAUAACCCGCAGCGGGCGUAACGAGGUAUGACUGUACAGCCUAAACAAAUAUCUAUUUCACCAUAUAAAGAACUUUUUCUUAGAAAGUCAAAGAGUAACAUUUCAUUUCAGUACAGUCAUACCUCAACAUCCGAACGCUUCGACUUCCAAAGGUUUCGACUUUCGAAGUCGACAACCCCCGGAAGUCCUUUCGGCGCGCGUGUUCGCAUGCGCAGAGCGCAAAAUUCGUAGUGGCGCUUCGACAUCCGAAAACCUCGACUUACGAAGACGGCCACGGAACAGAUCAUCUUUGUGUCGAGGUACCACUGUAUUUUCUUCUAACGCAAUCAUUAGACAAAGGAGCAUAUUUCCUUUGCUCAACAAGUUAUCCUGACUUGCAGCAACACAGUCAUCUAAACAUCCUGCAACUUGCUCAAUGUUGGACAGCAAAAUGUGAUGUGAUUCAU